UUUGAUUAAACAUGGAUCGCAAUCUACACGCUGCAGUUUGGUCCGACUCUCCUUCACCACAUGAAAACUGUUACACUUCCCUUAAUCACUUUGCUAUACCCUAGGUUAGCUGAAAGGACGCCCCUGCUCUCUGGUUGCUGGCCAAUAGCAUACUGUGCUCCUCUUUAAAAGGCUGUGUGUGUUUUGUGGGGUUUCAUUUUUGCUGAGGUCAUGAUGGAGGGAGUCACAGUACGAGUCGGCCUUCUUGGACUGGUGCUGGCCUGCGUUACCACAGCAAUGGCCAAUAAGAACAGGGACUGGGACAUCUACAGCUUUCACAUCAACUCCACAGUGACCAGUCGCUAUGCGACCACUAUUAUCACCAGUCGUGUGGCCAAUCGGAUGGACCAGUCACAGGAAAUAGAAUUCCAUGUCAAAAUUCCCAAGAUGGCCUUCAUCAGUAAAUUCAAAAUGACCAUUGAGGGGCAGACGUAUGAUGGGGUUGUGAAACAGAAGGAGGAGGCUCAGCAGCAAUACACUCAGGCAGUGUCUCGUGGCCAAAGCGCUGGCAUAGUCAGUUCUGUGGGGAGGACCCUUGAGGAGUUUAAGACGUCUGUGACUGUGGCCACACUCAGUAAGGUGACCUUUGAACUGACGUAUGAGGAGCUGCUGAAACGCCGACUGGGCAAGUACGAACUGCUGAUCCACGCUCGACCCAUGCAGCCUGUCGCUGACUUCAAGAUUGACGUGUACAUCAAUGAGCGACCAGGCAUUAACUUCCUGGAGAUUAAAGGAGGGCUGAGCACCAAAGAGCUGGCUAAUGCCAUCACCAAAACACACGCUUCUAGUGAGGCCUGGGUACAUUUCUACCCAAGCAAGGAGCAGCAGAGUCAGUGUGACAGCUGUGGAGAACAGGGCCUGAACGGAGACCUGGUCAUUGUCUAUGACGUCCACAGGAACACAUCCAUGGGAGAGCUCAAGGAGUCAAAAGGGUAUUUUGUCCAUCACUUUGCUCCCAGUGACCUACCACGCGUACCAAAGAAUGUAGUGUUCAUCAUCGAUCGGAGUGGCUCCAUGCAUGGCAGGAAAAUGAAGCAGACCCGUCAGGCCUUAUUGAAGAUCCUGGUAGACCUGGUGGAGGACGACCACUUUGGCCUGAUCACCUUCGACUACACUGUGUCUACCUGGAAGAAGGAGCUGCUGCCGGCCAACCAGGAAAACCUGGAGGCUGCCAAGAGCUUUGCACGACACAUUCGAGACAGAGGAGCCACCGACAUCAAUGCUGCUGUGUUGGAGGGCACAGCCAUGCUAAACCGAAACUCACGAGAGGGCUCAGCCUCCCUCCUUAUACUACUCACUGAUGGAGACCCAACCACAGGUGAGACCAACCUGGAAAAGAUCCACAAGAAUGUAAAGGAAGCCAUUGGUAAGAAAUUCCCACUCUACUGUCUCGGUUUUGGAAUGGAUGUCAACUUUGAGUUCUUGGAAAAGAUGGCACUGGAGAACAGCGGUGUGGGACGCAGAAUAUAUGAGGAUUCUGAUGCUGAUCUGCAGCUGCAGGGCUUUUAUGAAGAGGUGGCCACACCCCUAUUGACAGACGUGCAGAUGGUGUAUGUGGGUGGAGCUAACCUGACCCAGACCAACUUCAGCCAGUACUACAAUGGCUCUGAGAUCGUGGUGUCUGGCCAGAUCACCGACAACAACAUAGAGACAUUCACUGCAGAGGUCAUAGCCAUAUCGAAAAGCAAUAGGGUGAUGUACUCUGAGACAAUAUCAACGGACGAGCCCAUUGAAGCCAGGCCUGAUAGCCACAUCCAGAGGCUGUGGGCCUACCUCACUGUGAAGCAGCUACUGGACAAAGAGGUGCAGUCAAGCGGGAAGGCGAAGGAGAAGGUGAAGAAAGAGGCCCUGGAUCUUUGUCUGAAGUACGGCUUUGUGACUCCUCUCACCUCCAUGGUGGUCACCAAGCCCCAGGGAGAAACCUCACAGGUGGCCCACAAGCCCAAGGAGGGAGAGAAGCCCUCAGGAUCCAGGCAAGGCUUCUCUGGUUCGGGUUUCCAGUUCAUGAGUGGAGAGGCCGGAUACCCCGGAGGAGGAGGUGGUGGAGUAGGAGGAGCAGGGAGAGGAGCAGGGGGAGGAGCAGGAGGAGCGGGACGAGGAAUAGGCUUGCUGCUUAAUGCUGCGGAGGAUUCAUAUUCUACCUAUAUAAUGGAGGAACAUCAACCAACUCACUCAAGUAAAACUGCAACUAGAGCUAGAGCAACACCUACACCUACAACUGUGAGUUCUCCCCUGAGGUUCCUGUUGCCAGCUGAGGAUCAGGCCCUGCCACUGUGCUAUGAUAUCCCUGUGGCUCUCUCGCUCAGACUCCUAAAGGACCCCAACAAUGAGUUGUCUAUGAACGGUCAGCUUGGACAAUCAGCCAGCGCAGGCUACCAGAAGAUUGUGAUCCACUACAAAAACAAUCAACAUAUUGAGUUAGACACCACUGUCAUCACCUUCAACAAUGGACAGGAUGCAACAUAUUUCUCCUGGAGACUGAAAAUCAAUCACAAAACAGACAGUGUGUCUCUGAUCCUACGGGACAAGGAGGUGGACAUCACCAUAGGGUUAACACGGAUCAUCAUCAUGCUCUAUGAGAGGAAUGGAAUUAAGUUCCUGUGGCCUGUCCUGAGGCAGCGCCCAACGGGAGGCAAUAUUAUGGGGAUCAUGGCCCGUCCACCUGUUGCCUAUGAGGAGGUCCAGGGAACAACAAUGAAACUGAAGAUUCAGGGCAAAGAAAUAGAAGUCUCCAGGGACUCUGCUGUGGAUCUCAGUGUUCGCUUUGCCCCCACCGUGGCAUGCUGGUUGCUGCCUCUUCAGUCUGCCCUACAGGGGGAGCUAGCUGACUUUACCGUGACACAACUCUAACUGACCAUGUAAUUGCUCCCAUCACCAACUAAUCAACACUAUACAUACAGUAAUUCUGUUCUAGAAUUAAGAAGAGAAACAAUAAAGCCGGAGGUUUCUUUAUAGAGUCCAAUGAGUUCACAUAAUAACACAGCUAAAUUCUCCUGUUACAUAUUCAUUGUUGAAUAAAUGGAUCCUUAUUUGAACAAUGACAACUUUUGUGUUGCAUUCCACAAUCUUCAAAAAAUAAUGUUUUUGUGACUAAACUCAAGCGAAGGAUCAAUAUAGAACAAAACAUACUUGGCACCAUGAACACACAUACACUCUCUCUCUCUCUCUCUCUCUCUCUCUCUCUCUCUCUCUCUCUCUCUCUCUCUCUCUCUCUCUCUCUCUCUCUCUCUCUCUCUCUCUCUCUCUCUCUCUCUCUCUCUCUCUCACACACACACAAGCCUAUUGUGUGCCUGUAUUUGCAUUCAUUUUUCACUCUCUGACUUCCGUUUACACUGAGGUGCUUCAGUUUACACUGAGCUGUUUGCACUGGGUGGGUCUGGGAGGUUGUGGGUCACCAUGUUCAUAGCAUGGACAUUAAACAUUCUCUAUUUACAGCUAACCAUAAUUUUAUCAGCUGUGUAUCGUAUGAUCUUAGAAGUCAUGUGUGUAUCAUCCCCACCAGGGAAAAGCUAUUAAGCAAUCCAGGAAUGCAUUUCUGUAAUAGUUCUAUUGAAGUAAGGUGACUAAUACAUUUUACAGGACACCCUGCUGAAGGAAACAAACUGAACAGGAAAACUGUGCCUUGAACCAUUACGUACAGUAUGGGGUGGGAGGGUAGCCUAGUGGUUCGAGCGUCAGACUAGUAAGCAGGAGUUUGCAAGUUCAAACCCCCGAGCUGACAAGGUACAAAUCUGUCAUUCUGUCCUUGAACAGUCAGUUAACCCACUGUUCCUAGGCCGUUAUUGAAAAUAAGAAUUUGUUCUUAACUGACUUGUCUAGUAAAAUAAAAAAAUCUCACUAAAUCUACAAUCUAAUUGUAGUGACCUUAGAGAGAUGUUUUAUUUCUCUAUUUCGUUAGGUCAGGGUGUGAUGUGGGUUGGGCAUUCUAUGUUCUGUUUUGUAUUUCUUUGUUUUGGCCGGGUAUGGUUCUCAAUCAGGGACAGCUGUCUAUCGUUGUCUCUGAUUGGGAACCAUACUUAAGCAGCCCUUUUCCCAUCUGACCUUGUGGGUAGUUGUCUUUGUUUGUUGGCACUAUAACCUUUAGCUUCACAGUAGUUUUGGAUUGUUUAUUGUUUUUAUCGGAGUCAAAUAAAAAAAGGAAUAUGUACUCUCACAA